AUGGGCACGCUCACGGCGGAUUGUCCGCGGCUCGACGAUCAUUGUCCCCACAAGCUCGCGACAUCGGUAUACAUUGAUGGUAUUGGCUUCGUCCAGAGGGGCACGCGCUGGCAAGGCUACUGCUGGUUCUGCAAAGAGUUCUGGACGAACCGCCUCGCUGCCACAGACCCCCCACUCGAGUUAGCACAGACGCGCAUACCAGAGAUACCUGAUCAGACCGAAUUCCUAGAAAGAUGGUUCGAGUUCCACAAAGGCUAUCGUGUUGCGAAGCUGCAGGAUGGCACUGAGCAGCACAUGCCGGUAAUAGGCGAACCGUUCAAGGAGGUUAGCCCGGGCUUCCUGCCGCGGACGUUAGAUCAGCUUAGACGGGGUGUACAGAACGAUGCUAGGAGACCGGAGAACAGGCUGAGGAGGAGGCGCUUGACGUCGGAGGAAGAGCGACCGGACGAGCCCCAACAGAGUCUCGACUCGGCGUUGGAUAGUUUGCUUGCAGAAGUGGAGGACGAGGAGACUCCAAGAGCUCCACAAGAGACUGCGCCACAUCCCGAGGAGGCUCAACAGCCAGAGGUGUUAACGCCAGAGUCACUACCGGAUCUCGUACCCGCAGAGCAGCCUAUGACCGAAGAGGCGUCACAGCCUGCAAAUCGACCACGACCCCUGAACAGAGGUGAAGCCAGACUUCAGCGCGCUCGAGAACGUUUCGCCCGCGUCUUUGGUACACAGGAAGACAUACAACAAGACGACUACCAAUCGCCGCUCUCGCUCCUGUACAACAGAGCAGAAAACCGAUAUCAUCAAGCUGAGGAGAGGCGAGCAACAAACACGACUGCUCCACCGCCACUUGACGGUCUCUCCGCUCGCGAACGACGUGAGAUUGAAGAACAACUGCUCUGGGGAGUCAUGCGCGAGUCCGCAUUGGACGGAGGCGCAGAAGAUCAUGUUUGGAGUUAUGCUCCGCGAAGACUGCAGCCGAGCGAGGGGGCGCGGUUUGUUAGGUCACAGGCGAUGCGAGAGUACAGGGUGCGACAAGCACAAGGAUACAACAGACUUCCGGUGCGACCCUCAACAGGCGCAGGGCAUGAUCGGGAUUUGACGUCCGCUCAGUCUUCAUCUAGUACACCCGCGACAUCAGGACCCAGUCAGUCGGGUGUAACCGCAACUUCGUCACCCGUUCUGCCCACCGCCGCAGAAACAAGUCCAGCGGGCAUGGCCAUGCUCCUCAGACAUCAGGCGAGAUAUGAGGCCAUGCUUGCGGAAAGAAUGGCCGAGUUUGAACGCGCUCAGCCUGAAGCAGGGUUAACUGCAUUUACACCUGGCCAGGCAAGAGACGGCGUAGAACCCAACAUUGAAGCCUCAGGCGAAAAUGCCAACGGCAACGGCAUGUCACAGAUUCAAACUUCGAUCCAACAAAUCACUUCCGAGCUCCACCGUCUACGGUUAGCUUCGGAAGCCAUAACUUCUGCCCGGCACUCGAUGCACUCACACUUCCAACCCCCGCCCGAGCGACCUCCACAGACGCUCGACAACCAGCCCGGUCGUCCAGAUGCCAUGAGCGAAGAGGAAAUGACCAAGAAGCUCGAGUGUCAGGUGUGCUAUCAACAAUUGGCUGAUGUCGCUCUGUUACCAUGUGGUCACAUGGUCAUGUGUCAGUGGUGCGCCGAUGUGGUGAUUCCUGUCAAACAUAGCCAUUUGCCUAUUCGGCCGAGGAUGUUGAAUAUGCAGUGA